AUGGACCCCAGCUCAGCGCCCAUCUCCACGCUGCAGUCUUCCUUGCCUUCUCUCGCCACUUGUUUUGGCGGGAACUGAAACGCCUCCGCCCGCCGGAAUCCAUGGCGAAGCGCCGCCGCGAGGCCCCCGCCGAUGAAGAGCGCUGCACCAGAACCGACGGCAAGCGGUGGCGCUGCUUCGAGCGCCGCCUCGGCGACCAUCGCUACUGCCGCAAGCACCAGAGCCUCUACCUCGCUACCCUCAACCGCAGCCGCGCUUCCAAACCCUCCUCCAGCGUUAGGGUUAAGAAGGAGAAGAAGGCCCCUCUCGCUAGGGCUAGGGCUAGGGCAUCCAAGCCCUCCUCCUCCUCCUCCGCGACCGUCAAGAAGGAGAGGAAGAGCCUUAGGGCUAGGGUUUCUGCCCUAGGGCAGAAAGAAGCCGUCGGAAAUGGGGAGACUUCCUCCCAUGAGCUGUUCAAUCCGGCGCCGCCGGAGUCCCCUGAGCCGGGUCAGAUCUGGGCCCUCCCGGACGAAUCCGACGGCCACCCCCGCGUUUAUGCUCGGGUGGAAAAGAUCGACGCCGACAAGGGGACGGCGGAGGUGACGCUGCUGGUACCCCACCCCGUCUCGGAGGACGAGAAGCGGUGGGCCGAGGAGGGCGUGCCGGCGGCCUGCGGGAUGUUCCGGCCGGGCAAGUCAUCGAUCUUGGUGGCGCUCGCCGCCUUCUCCCACCGGAUGGUCGUCGAGGAGGAAUCCACGGGGGAAGCCGACGCCUUGAACAACUUCUAUAAGAUUUACCCCCGAAAGGGCGAGGUUUGGGCGGUGUACCAGCGGUGGGACAAGGGGAAGAAGAAUCUGGUGUACAGGCUGGUGGAGGUGCUCUCGGGGUUCACCGAGGAGGAAGGGGUGACGGUGGCGGCCUUGAGCUGGGUGGAAGGAUUGGAAGACGUGUUCCAGAGACAGGUCGUGGAAGGCUUCGAGCUCGUGAAAACGUUGUCCAGGAAGGAGCUUUUGAGGUUCUCCCACCAAGCGGUGGCCUUCAAGAUGACGGAAGAUGGGGGAAACGACGGCCGCAGGGGGCGUUGGUAUGUCAUCGGCUGAAGCUGGCCAUGGCGUCCAAAACUUCAUCUGGUUAGAUGAAAGAAUUGAAAAGAAGAAAAAAAAAGAGGAGGAGUUUUGGGGAUAUAGGUAAUGUUCGUUAGUGUUAUGCAAUUGGACUUGCAGCUGGCUCAAGCUUUGUAUUCAGGUUUUUCUGAAACACCCAUUCUGAUAUGCCUGUUUUUGUUGUAGGAUAAGUUAAUGCAUAUUUGUAUCUUUGGAUGGUUAGACUGAAGCUAGUGUGGAGUUUACUUCUUGUUGCAUUCAUCUAUUUGUUGCUCAACUUUGCAAUUGGUCUAAUGUUUUCAUUGCUUCAGUUUUUGCUGUUCAUAUGUGGCUUGAUGUAUUCAAAUUUUCUCUGCGAUAAUAUGUAUGUUCAUGAGAGGUAGUAUGAAACCAACUAUAUUUUGGGGGGUUUGUUUGAGAAAGCUUUGUACUUGUAGUUUUAGUGAAGAAAUUUCUGAUACCGUAAGUGUA